UCAGCCUCACGACCUCAACCCUGUCCGGCUCUUGGCCAUCCUUGACAUCCCGCUUCCUCGGGCGCAGCUCUACCGCUCCUCUGACCUCGGAUAACCAGCCCGCCAUGGACCUGCUGGCGCUUCUGCUUCUUUCGACGGCCCUGGCGCCUGUGCAUGGCUCCCCGGCGCCGAACCCGACGCCCAUCGCCGUGCGUCACGGGCGGCCGCUCGACCGGCGCGAGCCUCUCGACAUUGGCGAUCCAGCAUCGGUUGCGCCCACCGGCACCAUUACCCUUACCCCCCCUGCUCCGGGCUGCACGACCACCUUGACAGAGAAAAACUCGUUCCCUUGCACCUGGGACGGGACGACUACCGUUUACCCGACGACAACAGUGCUGUACCAGGAGGUCAAUUGCCACGGCUGCCCUUACCUCGACCUGUCACAAAGUUUCUAUAACUGCCCCAACCAGCAUAUCACAGCAACUCUGUCCGUGGGAGUCGCGAGCACCUCCUGGAGCACCGUCUGUCGGCCCUCGGGCCAGCGGUCGGAUACCAACGCGGCUGCCGCAACACCGACCGUGCCCGCCGGCGGUGCUCCAGUAGCUUCCGCAUCUAACAGGAGGCCGAACGGCCCGCCCCCUUCGCCGACAUUGCGCCCCGCAGCCGCAGCCAAGGUCGCCGGCGGCGGCAUCGAGCCGGCGGCUUGCACGACGACCUACAUAGUCCAGCCGCCGCAAUCGGCGGGCAAGACCCUGACGACGUACGCAAGCUACACGACAACCACGGUGCCUCUGGAUUGCGCCGGCUGCUCGCUUGCCAUCAGCACCGGGCUGGUUGGGUACGGGCCCCCGGGGGUUUUCACCACGACCACGACGCUGCCUGUCGGUGCGAUCACCACGUACAAGUGCCAGUGAUGUUGGUGGGAAGAUUCACUCGGAGGAAAGAGCCGAUUUUGGGGUCGGUAUCGCCUAGUCUUUGUUCACGAUUUGUUCAGGUGAAAGGAGAGUGCGAUGUAGACGACCGGCUUUGAACUGCUUGUGGGUGAAUGGUCACGGUUUCCCAUUGCUUGCCUACUAGCAGCGGGACCAACAAUAGGGGCAAUCAUUUGCACCUUGUGUCAUGACUUUGCGCUGCCAAGAAUAUUUUGUGCGGAAUCAUUCUGAUCUUGAGAA